UGGAUCGACACCCUGACAAACUCACUGCGUCUCCAAUCCGACGCGUCUCAUCCCUUCCACAAAGAUCCCUACGCCCUGCGCUCCAUCACCAUCCAAUCCUACGACCUCUUCGGCCCAAGAGUAGGCUUCAUCAAGCUCACAGCCACAGUCUCCAACGGCGCCGGCGAGACAUUACCAGCCGCUGCGCUUCUCCGCGGUCCCAGCGUCGCCAUGCUCUUCAUGCUCGUCCCAGAUGAUGUACCGCCAGAGUCGGAUGAGCGGUACGUUGUUCUUACGGUGCAACCUCGUGUUCCGGCUGGGAGUCUCGGGUUUGUAGAGUUACCCGCGGGAAUGGUGGAUGACAUGGGGAGUUUCAAGGGUGCCGCUGCGCAAGAGAUACAAGAAGAGCUCGGCGUAACCAUUCACGAGGAUGAACUAACAUCCCUAAGCGACCUCGCAAUUCCCAACGGCGACAACACCGAAGGCCUCGCGAAUGCCAUGUUUCCCAGCGCGGGAGGUUGCGACGAGCACAUUACCAUUUUCAGCCACGAGCGCAGGAUUCCCCGUGAGCAGCUGAAGGAAUGGAGUGGACGUCUUACAGGGUUGAGGUCUCAUGGUGAAAAGAUUACGCUCAAGGUUGUUCCUAUGAAGGAUGCUUGGAGGGAGGGUGCUCGUGAUGCAAAGUGUUUGGCGGCGCUUGCUCUCUGGCAGGGACUUCGUCAGGAGAAGAAGGUGUAA